AGCCGUUUUUUGGCUCUAGUAUCAGGCAUUGCGUGCAUUCGAAAGGGCCAUUCGCCGUAUUCGCCGAGUCGAUAUCAUGACCGUCAGCAUUCAGGCAACAUUUCAGAUCGACGGCGAGCGCUUCGCUCUCACCGUCCGCAACGCCUGCCUAAACGUUGAGAUUUUGCCAGUUGGCGUCGGGGCAGAUGCCACGCAUUUGCCCGGUGCUCAGCUGCGGCGCACCAGCUCGAGCCCCGCCUUGGAGUCUUGGGACAAACCUUGGGAUGAGCCGCUGGUGCUGGCCUUGCACCGCAACGGAAGGUGCCUGCCCUGCCUCUUCUUCCGGCGAAAGGAGGAUGGGUGCCGGAGGGGCGACCAGUGCGACAGGUGCCACAUCUGCACCUUGGAGGAGAUGAAGCGCCGGAAGCACCGCCUACAGCGUGCGAAGAGGGCACAAGCCCGCCAAAACCAAACCGCACCGCAAGCUGAGCGUUCAGCCCAUCCCAAUGGGCGCAGCGGCCAUGCAUGAUUUUGGCAGCAACAAGUAUCCCGCAAACUGGCAGCAAGAUUGGGCUCCCCUUUGGCGCAUGACAAGCGUUGCUCAAGUGGAUUGAACUUGCAACAGGCUUCUCUGCCUUGUGUGGGAUACUGGCAAUUUUGUGAAGACUGUCUUCAGUUUGAAGAACUCUUACUGCACCAUGUCAGACAGGCUAGCAGUAGAAUCGAUUUCUACAGCUUUAUUAGCCUUCAUUUUACUGGGUACGCAGUGCGCCCUGCAACGUACGGAGUUGACUUUGGGGGAACUAACGGCCGACGCGCUAGACGUUGACCGUACAACCCCAGUUGCGAGUCAAGGUGGCCCUUUUCAGUGGGGAUUUCCUGCUGGAGGAUUGUUUUGCCACGGGAACGUGCUUUUCUAUCCCAA